GCCGCGAUGACCGUCACCUACACCGCCCGGGUGGCCAACGCGCGUUUCGGCGGCUUCUCCCAGCUGCUGCUGCUGUGGCGUGGGAGCAUCUACAAGCUCCUCUGGCGGGAGCUGCUGUGCUUCCUGGGCCUCUACAUGGCCUUGAGCGCCGCUUACCGCUUCGUGCUGGCUGAAGAACAGAAGCGCUACUUUGAGAAACUUGUAAUUUACUGUGACCAGUACGCCAGCCUCAUUCCAGUCUCCUUCGUGCUCGGCUUCUACGUGACGCUGGUGGUGCACCGCUGGUGGAAUCAGUAUCUUUGCAUGCCGCUGCCCGAUGCGCUCAUGUGCGUGGUGGCGGGCACGGUGCACGGGCGCGACGAUCGAGGUCGGCUCUACCGGCGCACGCUCAUGCGCUACGCCGGCCUCUCCGCAGUGCUGAUCUUGCGCUCGGUCAGCACCGCGGUCUUCAAGCGCUUCCCCACCAUAGACCACGUGGUGGAGGCAGGAUUUAUGACCCGCGAGGAACGCAAGAAAUUCGAGAACCUGAACUCUUCCUAUAACAAAUACUGGGUGCCCUGCGUGUGGUUCUCCAACCUUGCAGCUCAAGCCCGACGGGAGGGCCGCAUUCGCGACAACAGCGCCCUGAAACUGCUGCUGGAGGAGCUGAAUGUGUUUCGGGGCAAGUGUGGAAUGCUCUUUCACUAUGACUGGAUUAGCAUCCCCCUCGUCUACACCCAGGUGGUAACCAUCGCUGUGUACAGCUACUUCCUGGCUUGCUUGAUUGGUCGUCAGUUCCUAGAUCCAGCACAGGGCUACAAAGACCACACUCUGGACCUGUGUAUUCCCAUAUUCACCUUACUGCAGUUUUUCUUCUAUGCUGGCUGGCUCAAGGUAGCAGAGCAGCUCAUCAACCCCUUUGGAGAGGAUGAUGAUGACUUUGAGACUAACUUUCUGAUUGAUCGCAACUUCCAGGUGUCAAUGCUGGCAGUGGAUGAGAUGUAUGAUGACCUGGCCAUGCUGGAGAAGGACCUUUACUGGGAUGCAGCGGAGGCUCGAGCCCCCUACACAGCAGCCACUGCCUUCCUGCUGCAGCAGCCUUCCUUCCAAGGCUCCACCUUCGACAUUGCGCUGGCCAAGGAGGACAUGCAGUUUCAGCGGCUGGACGGCGUUGAAGGUCCUCUGGGAGAGGCUCAUGGCGACUUCCUGCAGCGCCUCCUACCGGCGGGCGCGGGGACUACAGGAGGCCUGCUGGGCCGCCGCCUGUCCCUGCUGCGCCGCAAGAACAGCUGCGUGUCUGAGGCCUCCACAGCCCCCAGCUGCGCAUGCGCUGGUGCCCUCGACGGCGCUGCCCAGGAUUGUGGCUGCGGGGACCCGCUGCUGGAUCAGGAAUCCGAGCUUCCCGCAUGUCCUGAACCGCCUGCCCCAACUCUUGGGUCGGCUGCUGAUGCUUUUACUACCGUAUCCAUCCCUGGGCCCCGGGCACCUGCGCCGCCCUGGCUGCCCAGCCCUAUUGGAGAAGAGGAGGAGAGCUUGGCCUGA